AAAAACACCCUCACUAUGUCUCUCUCUCUCACACUCUCUCUCUCACACACACACACACACACACACACACCAUCAUUUCUUUUCUAUAAGAGACACACUGAAUUCAGUCAGGUAUUAAUCAAAGCCGUGAUGUUUCGUCCAAUAGCUGUCGAAGAUCCAUUAGCAGGGCUUUCUGUGGGAGAGCUGAUCGAGAGAGCGAAUGUUAACGUCCGUCGUGGUGCUGAUGAACCUGAGCUGGUUGAAUUAGACAUCGCUGUGCCUAAAGACUCAGAGAGAAAUGCUGACCCCUGCACGUCUUCAGGCUGCAUGUGGCCAAAGUCUAAUGAUGGAAAAGUCUACGUGCCCUACGUCAUCCUCAACCACUACUCGAGCAGUGAGAUUCCGGUUAUUCAGCAUGGUCUGGAAUCCUUCUCCUCCAUCUCCUGCAUCCGCUUCAUACCUCGUUCUAACCAGAGAGACUACAUCAGCAUCGAGUCUCGCAACGGAUGCUACUCGUACGUCGGACGUCGUGGUUACGGACAGACAGUGUCUCUGGCCCGCAGUGGAUGUGUCUAUCACAACACCGUCCAGCACGAGCUUCUUCACGCCCUGGGCUUCAACCAUGAACAAACCCGCAGCGAUCGUGACAGCUACAUCCGUGUCGGCUGGGAGAACAUCCAGAGCGGCAUGGAGCACAACUUCAACAAGAUUGCCACCCUGAACCAGGGAACUCCGUACGACUACAACUCCGUCAUGCAGUACCACAGAACUGCUUUCUCUAAGAAUGGCCAGCCCACCAUGAUCCCCAUCCCCAACCCUAACGUAUCCUUUGGCCAGGCCACUCGGAUGAGCCAAAACGACAUCACCAGGCUCAACAGACUCUACAAAUGCUAGACUGGAGAGAACCUCAGUGCUCCAUUUCCUGUUGGUCACUAUCACCGGAUAGAAGAGAUGUCUAUAAUCAAUAAAAAAACUAUAUCACCAGUGACUUUAUAUCACAAACAAGAGUUUCACAAUAAAAUGUCACAAUAAAAUAAAAUAAAAUGCAAGUCUUGAUGAAUAACA